UCCAAACAGCCACUUCUAAACAAAAAAAAAGUGGCCGUGGUGAUUUGCUGACAGGCUGGGUCCUUGACGUCACUGCAUAACUUUUACGAAGACGUAGUUUCUUAACUAGGAAGUGAGCCACCAACUGUUUGCAGGCGAAAUUAAAAAGUUGUGGAUUGAGAAACUGCUGGGCGAUUUGCAAGGGGGAAAACAAACACUCUGGCCUGUAUUGUGGUCUGUGAUCAUGUGAAGUUGCAGUGUUGAUGGUGUGAACCCAGUGGACAACCCAUGCUGCUUCCUUGGAGACACCAUUUACGUUAGCAUUGCUGUCCCUGGAGAUGUUGCUCCCUAGUGGAAUUGUUCAAUGUUCUCCAUGUUCUGAUACUCCAUGGUAAUAGGAAGAAUGUUGUCGCCAUCCACGAUCCUGGGCAUUACACAGGUUGCUCCAGAUCUCUGAAAGCAAGUACGGAAAUUAGCUGCUUGGACGUUGGACAGCAGCGAGGCUGGCUAUGGCGGUGUGGUUGUUUUGACAUAUUGGCACAGAGAAAACGUCACUGAUUUAUUCCUGGCACUUGGCCAUUGUGUUUAUAGUCCAGACUCCGUGAGGUGCUCACUGGAGUAGAGCUUAAGAGUGAAAAGCGGGAGAGGUUGGAUUGGUGGUUUGGCAGCGGCGGCGGUGGGGGGGGAGGUAGCAGUGGAUUGUGAAGCAGGGCUAUUUGUCCAGAUGCGACUGUGAAAAUGAAUGUGCAGGCACCGGGCAAAAGCUCAGCCAAGCGGAAAGGCAAGCAGAUCUCGUUUUUCGGUGAGAAUACUGGCACAGUUCAGUCGAGCCCGUCCCAUCAAAGGAAAAACGGGAUGAUCCACAGUGAAGCAGAGAGUGGCCCACUGAAAUCGCAGCCCCCCGUGGUGCCGGAGACUCCAGCAAGGAGUGGGCAGUGCCAGUCUGUCGGCUCUGAUUUGGGAAUGAGCCAAGAGAGGGCUGCAGCAGCUGGCAGCACCAUGCCCGCCAACUGGGCUGCCUCUGUUCUGAUCGACCGCCUGCCCUCCAAGGGGAGCUUCAGCUGGCAGCCAGCUGGCUCCUGGACUCAAAGUGCUGCCCCGUUUUGUGCCAGUGUUGGAGCAGUGAGCAUUAUUGAUUCUAAUGCCACAGGACCCUUCUCGCACGCUCUGGCAAAGCAAGGUGCCACAGCCCAGCUGCAGAAGCAGCAACACCAGCAGAUGCAACAUCCUCUUCAACAGCAACAACAGAACCAGCUGCAGCAGCGGCACCUGCAGAGCCAACAGUCGAACCAGCUACAGCAGAAACAACAUCAACUCCAACAGCAACAUGCUCAGAGCCAACAGUCAAACCAACAUCAACGCCAACAGCAACAUGCUCAGAGCCAACAGUCAAACCAACAUCAACUCCAACAGCAACAUGCCCAGAGCCAACAGUCGAACCAGCUACAGCAGAAACAACAUCAACUCCAACAGCAACAUGCUCAAAGCCAACAGUCAAACCAACAUCAACUCCAACAGCAACACACUCAGAGCCAACAGUCAAACCAACAGCAACCCACUCAGUGCCAACAGUCGAACCAGCUACAGCAGAAACAGCAUCAACUCCAGCAGCAACACGCUCAGAGCCAACAGUCAAACCAACAUCAACUUCAACAGCAACACGCUCAGAGCCAACAGUCAAACCAACAUCAACUCCAACAGCAACAUGCACAGACCCAACAGCAGAACCAACUCCAGCAUCAACUCCAGCAACAAUACCAGCAGAACCAACUGCUGCAUCAACAUCAACAACAACAAAGUAACGAAGGUCUGCCUCAACGUCAGUUCUUCCAGUACCCGUACAGCCAGAACCAGAAGCAAGAACUGCCUCCAAAUUCAGUAUUGAACAUAUUCCACCAAGUACACCAGCCACCACUCCUCCCCCUUUACAGUCACCAAGCACAGACCACGUGCCAACAGCAUCUAUUUCAGCAGUUCUUCCCUCACCAGCAGCCCCCUCAGUCUCUCGGUCUCCAGCGGGUACAGAUGAGCCAGGGGUCUGAUCCUUCAAUGCAUCACAUAGUUUCAACUGCAGCUCCAUUCCAGCAGCAACCUCCCGAGGUUCAUGUCAGUAAAGGCCUUCAGAGGUUCACCCUGGGCGGCAACAAACAGGAACACUGUCCACGCCAGCUGACGUUGGAAUUUCAAGCCCCUCCAACAAAACGGGCACAGCACUCCUUCAAGGAAAGGAACGCAAAACCCCCACUGUUUGAGCCACACAGAGUUGGGAAUCCACCGGGUUCCACGGAGAGUACCAGCCAAUGCUGGCCGCAAGCCUAUGGGCCAGAACUCCAGAAACUGCUCAAUGUGCCUCCAAAUCACUGCGGCCAGAACCAGCUCAAACUGUUUGAGGCAGGUUCGCUUCAGCCGAAGGGUGCCCAGGCUCACGGGUUAGAGAGCUGGAGUCAGGAGGAGAAUAGCCCGGUCUCCCAAGAGAUCAGGGAGCCGGUCCAGGAAGCCACCUCACGGGACGAAGGCCCGGCUGAUAGCCUUGUGCCAAUCUCAGUGAAGAAAGGGAGAACUUGCAGUGAAGCAAAUGGCCUGCAACCGCAACAAGAAUCCACGGAGGGCCUGUCCAAUUGGACCACCUCAGCUAAGCUUGGAGAGAACAACUCCCAAGAAGAAAGGAAUAGCUUGGCUGCUGGCCACUCAAAGGUCCCUGCAGUGCCUGCGAGUUCCAGAGGUCGGCUCGAUGACAGCUGCUUGCUGCCACUUGUAAUACCAGUGUCCGUGCCAGUCCGAAAGAUGGACCCUGUUACAACCAGCACUGACAAGAAAGAGGAUGGGGAAUCCCAGGGCAACUUGGCAAACGAAAGGGAUCUAUCAGAGCUCAAUCAAUCUCUAUUACCCACCCGCAGACGAAGACUGAGUAGAGGGUCAGGAACAGAACAUUCGGUCCAGGAGAAUGCUAGCUCCAGAGGUCAUGUGAACCUGACAGCAAAGCUGAAACGGCGACCAAGACCAGAGCCUCUCUUCAUUCCACCCAAGCCCCUCAACCAUGUCUCUGUCAUCACUUACCCGCCUGGCACGCUUUAUCAGAGCAACCUGCGCUCGCCAGUCAGAUUACUUGACCAUCCCAUGGACAAGAACUUUCAGCCUCCACCCUACACACCCCCACCUAUCCUCAGUCCCAUGCGGGAGGGCUCAGGAUUGUACUUCAACGCUUUCCUGUCAUCUUCAAGUAACUCAUCUCAGCCGGUCACACCAAGAUCAACGCCAAAAGCAUCUUUAAGCCAAUCAAACAGUGCUGAUACUCCCCCUCCGGUUCUCUCCCUCAUGAAUGAAGCCACACCAGCAAGCAUCGAACCGCGGAUUAACAUCGGUCCACAGUUCCAAGCUGAAAUACCUGGGCUACGCGAUGGGUCUCUGGCAGCAGCAGAUGCCAGCCAUGCUGAUCUGGUCUUCAAACCGUGGGAGGGUCACAAAACCAAUCGGCUUAACCAGCAGAGCGUGGAUGACCUGAUGACUCUAGCCUGUUCCAGCAUUUUACCAGGAGGAGGUACAAACCAGGAGCUCACCUUACACUGUCUGCACGAGUCGAAGGGCAACAUAUUGGGUGCCUUGAAUAUGCUGCUUAUUAAAAAGACCCCACGGGGUAGGAAUAAGGCAUUACUCAAUUACCAUUAUGCAGGGUCUGAUAAGUGGACGCCUACAGAGAAGAAGAUGUUCAACAAAGGGCUGGCAGCACACAAGAAGGAUUUCUUCCUUGUUCAGAAGCUGGUGAAGACAAAGACGGUAGCCCAGUGUGUUGAAUUUUAUUAUACGUACAAGAAGCAGGUCAAAAUUGGUAGGAAUGGAACACUGAUAUUUGGCGAUGCUUCUGAUAAUAAGUGUGAGGAGGAGCCAGUCGAAAUUGACAGGAAGGAUUCUCACCCUCGUAGAGCCCGAACGCCUUACAUAACAGAAGUUAAGAAAGAGGAGGACAAUGAUGAAGAGGAGGAGGAGGAGGAGGAGGACAGGGAACAAGAGGAUGAUGAGGAGGCUGGCCCAGAUCACAAAAAGCUGACUCUGACCCAAACUAAGCUUGUGAAGACUGAUCAGACCCCAGUAGCUCAGUCUCAAGGUGUUCACUUGCGGAAGAAUCCUGAUCCUACGUACCGAUGUAGCUACAGACCACGACAGCCUGCAGCGUCCACGACACCACCCCGCAUGCCAUCCAGGAGCGAGCAGGCACAGUCGGGUGUCUCUGCCAAACAUGCCAAGCAGAGCCAAGAAAACAUUUUCCCUUGCAAGAAGUGUGGGAAGGUUUUCUUCAAAGUGAAGAGUCGGAGUGCACACAUGAAGAGCCACAGUGUCCAGGAGAAGAAGCAAAGGGAGGCAGAGCUGAGGAGUCGUGUUAUGGCAGACGAGCAGAGAGAGGAGCAAGAGAACUACGAUGAUUUUUCCGAUAGCUACCAAGAUGAGUAAAGAUGGAGAAGAGAUCAGGCUCCCCUCAACAGUCUGCAAAUCUCAGCAGGACUCGUCUGUUGGCCAUACCUUCUCUGGGAAGCUUCGCCUGUAUCUCUUUGUCAUCAUUUCUUCCCCAUCCCUGGCCCCUCACACAGAGAAGUGGGGAUAGUGUAUUUUUUUAAGGCUAUUUCAGGCCAAUUGCAGAGCAGGUGGUUUGCUGAAGUAACAGCAGUGUUGGCAAACAAAGGUUACUUGUUGGAAAAUCUUAUGCACUUUUUCUCAAUUGUGUCUGUUUAAUGGAACAUUUCCUUUCACCCACCCUUCCCCCUUUUAUUUACAAUUGCACAACAGAUUUUCUGCACAGAUUGAAAGAUUACUUGGAAACAGUGUUGCACACUUGUUAUGUAUGAAAUUGAUGAAUCUUAUUGUUGCUCAGCAGAAACAGGCUUGGAACAUUUAUUCAACUUAAAGGAAUCACUGCAUUUGUACUUUUGCAUCACACUAUACAAAAUGACAUUGCAUGACUUUGGACUACAGUAUUAGAGAUAGACAACCAUUACACACUGUCAGUUUAAUGUAGCCUGAUCUACACAGUUAGGCUGUUUGAGUUUGGUACUUCAUGUGAAAUCUUACUGAAGAUCUGAUUUGAAUGCUGGAGUCAGAGCUGCCUUGAUCCUCAGUAACCUGGCCUAAUGAUCUGUACCAUUGUUUUAAUGCAGAUCAGUGUUUAUGAAACACACUGAUAAUCUACCAAUUUGUGGAUGUGUUUUAUUCUUUGGAAUCAAAUCAUUCAGCUUCCACAGUGCCCAGACCCAAGACAGUCAGGAUGUGUUGUCCUUUCAUCUGAGAUUGUUGCCCUAGGAAUGCAUCGUUGUGCGAGAUACCAGUUGCUAUAUGAGGUGAAAUGCUGGGGCCUUGAAAUCUGUUACGUUCUUUCUCUGCAAGCAAGUUUGCAAAAUUUACAGGGCUAAUAGCUGUGAGUCAUUUUCGAUGGGCGUCAUUUGCUUAGACCUGGAACUCCUGAAGAUUCGUGCCUCAAGACUGGUUCCACUGGUAUCAUCAACCACGUGGCCUGACCCUCACCUGCACUGUUCCACUGUCAUAGGAGGAAGCCAUUCUGCCCUUCACAGUUGCUGCAAGUUGCGAAUCUUUCAGGCAGGUACAGGCCCUUUCAAAAAUCAUGACUGGCAAGUUACCAAAUACCAUAGGGAUUUGUAAUUUCCUUUGUUACCAUUUCUUAUAUUUUUAAAUUACAUUUCCUCAAUUGGCAUUUAUUUGAAAUGGAUUAUUAUAAAUUGUAGCAGCUAUGCUCUGGUACCAUUGCCGGCUCUGGUUGGAUGUGUUCCUGGAGGCACAUGUCAAAUAUUCCCUCUCCCUGUAAUUUUUAUAACGGAUUAACUAGCUAUAAUAGGGGCAGACGAAGAAAAAAGUGCAGAUGUUUCCGUCAUUUCUUUUGGAAGAUUUUUCUCCCAGAGUUGAUGGCAGCAGCUUCAAGGAGAUUAAUCCUUAUUUCCUGGAGACGUCAGAACUGUUUUUAAGGUUGAUGUUCCCACGUAUUUUAAGAAAUACUGACACAUUGCCACAAGUGCACAACCUUUCUAAUUUGAUAUUCAAAGAAGAACUGGAUUGGGUCAUUUAGCGACUUCUGGGUAUGCAACCCUUAAGAUGGGAAAUGUGUGGUCCUCUUAACCCUGCAAUGUAUUCACCCUUGAAAGCUGCUUUCGCUUGUAUUGCCGUUGUAUAUACAGCACAAAGAGUAUCUAUAGCAUCUGGAUCUACAGCUAUGGCUGUUGGCAUUGAAUUUAGCAGCCUGUUUUUCUGCGGGCUUUGUAAAUAUCCAAAAAAUGACAUUAUUUAUUCUUCCUAUGGCUUAUUUGAUUUCUGUAUAAACUUUAUAAAGAUUUAUAAAGACUUUUAGUAAGGCUGGCCUAUAUAAUUUUUUUGUGAAUGGUUUUGUACAUUUUGGUUUCUUUUCUUCACCCCUGCCUUUUUAAAGCUUAUUUAAACCAGCUUAUAAAAGCACGUUGGGACACCCUCACCACCUACUGAAUACAGUCUUUCUGCAAUGUAAUAUUUGUACUUUAUUUUGUAUCAACAAUUUGAAGCUUUGUUUUACAAAAAAUGAGAUUGUAAAUAUACCAUUAUUAAAUGUAACUGCAGUUCACUUUUUAAAAUAAUUUGUUUUCUGUCGAUAAAAGUAAAGAACAUUCAAAGUCUGUGAUGAA